CUUUAUUGAGGUUCGAAAUGAUGUGGACAGGGGAGAUUAUGAAUGGAUGAACAAAAAGAUAUGGUCCUCUCUCCAUUUUGUUAAUGCACCCAGAGAGCAAGUCAUGGCAAUGGCAAUCUCAGGAAUAGCGGGACUUUCUGCUGCUUCCAUGGCUGCUGUCAACUACUCAUCUUCAGAAUCUCAACUUCUUGCUCCUGUUGCCCCGCGUUCUGGCCAGUUCUUUGGAAAUAGACUCCGAACGGGUUGCAAAAUGCAACUGCCUAAGAAGAGGUUCAGGAGCACUUUAUGCGUGAACAGUGUUGCGAGUGAAGUUUUAUCGACUAAGCAGGCUACGAAGGCUGUAUCCAAGGACAAUCAGCGACCUGUGUAUCCUUUUGCAGCAAUUGUUGGUCAGGAUGAGAUGAAAUUAUGCCUUUUACUGAAUGUGAUUGACCCAAAAAUUGGAGGGGUUAUGAUAAUGGGUGACCGUGGUACAGGCAAAUCAACCACAGUGAGAUCACUUGUGGACUUGCUUCCAGAAAUUACAGUGGUUUCUGGUGAUCCGUUCAAUUCUGAUCCUUAUGAUCCGGAAUCUAUGAGCGAGGAGGUUCGGCAAAGAGUUGAAAGAGAAGAAGAACUUCCUGUCACAAUGACAAAAAUCUGUAUGGUAGAUUUGCCAUUGGGUGCCACUGAGGAUAGGGUUUGUGGAACUAUUGAUAUUGAGAAGGCACUUACAGAGGGAGUUAAGGCAUUUGAGCCUGGUCUUCUUGCAAAGGCUAACAGGGGAAUUCUGUAUGUUGAUGAGGUUAAUCUUCUUGAUGAUCAUCUAGUAGAUGUACUAUUAGAUUCUGCAGCUUCUGGAUGGAACACCGUGGAGAGAGAAGGGAUUUCAAUCUCCCAUCCCUCUCGUUUUAUUCUCAUUGGUUCUGGAAAUCCAGAGGAAGGUGAGCUUCGUCCGCAACUGUUGGACAGAUUUGGUAUGCAUGCCCAGGUUGGGACAGUAAGAGAUGCGGAGUUAAGGGUCAAGAUUGUGGAGGAGAGAGCAAGUUUUGACAGAGACCAAAAGGCUUUUCGAGAGAAAUAUAAGCAAGAGCAGGAAAAGCUUCAGAGUCAGAUUUAUGAGGCUAGGGAGCGGCUUUCUAGAGUUCAAAUGGAUCAUGGCAUUCGUGUUAAGAUAUCCCAAGUAUGUUCUGAGCUGAAUGUGGAUGGCUUGAGAGGUGAUAUAGUGACUAACAGGGCUGCCAAGGCUUUAGCUGCUCUGAAAGGAAGAGAAGAGGUACGUCCCGAAGAUGUGAAGAUUGUCAUCCCAAAUUGCUUGAGACACCGUCUCCGAAAAGAUCCAUUGGAAUCCAUUGACUCAGGUUUGCUUGUUGAAGAAAAAUUCUACGAGGUAUUUGGAUGAACAGGGAAGACAGCCCUUUGCUGGUUCUGUUCAGCAUGCUGACUCUUUUUAUGAUCAGCCAAGGAUUUGUGUGUGCAAAUGUGUCAACGUGUUAUAGCUUUCUGCUGGUUCAUUGAUCAAUAUUUGCCCAAAUAUCAUUGGUUUGAAAGGUUCCGUAGAUGUUGAACCUAUUUUUUAUGUGAGCCCCCAAAUGUCAAAAACAUAUUUGUGAUUGAUAAUUAUGCUAUUUAAUUUAACUGAAUUUUGUAUA